AUGUAUACUGAACUUCCAUUUGAUGAAUUGAAAGUUGAUCCAAACCAAAAGAAACGUAUUGCUUAUUUCUAUGAUGCUGAUAUUGGGAAUUAUGCUUAUGGGGCUGGUCAUCCCAUGAAACCUCAUCGUAUAAGAAUGGCCCAUUCAUUAAUUAUGAAUUAUGGAUUAUAUAAAAAAAUGGAAAUUUAUCGAGCUAAACCAGCAACAAAACAAGAAAUGUGUCAAUUUCAUACUGAUGAAUAUAUUGAUUUUAUUAGUCGAGUUAACCCAGAUAAUUUAGAUUUAUUUACUAAAGAACAAAUUAAAUUUAAUGUUGGUGAUGAUUGUCCCGUUUUUGAUGGAUUAUUUGAGUAUUGUGGUAUUAGUGGUGGUGGAUCAAUGGAAGGUGCCGCCAGAUUGAAUCGUGGUAAAUGUGAUAUUGCCAUCAAUUACGCUGGUGGGUUACAUCAUGCGAAAAAAUCUGAAGCUAGUGGAUUUUGUUAUUUGAAUGAUAUUGUGUUGGGGAUCAUUGAAUUAUUACGUUACCAUCCCAGAGUUUUAUAUAUUGAUAUUGAUGUUCAUCAUGGUGAUGGUGUUGAAGAAGCAUUUUAUACUACUGAUAGAGUAAUGACUUGUUCUUUUCAUAAAUAUGGUGAGUUUUUCCCUGGCACAGGUGAAUUAAGAGAUAUUGGGGUUGGAAAGGGGAAAUACCAUUCGGUUAACGUUCCAUUACGUGAUGGGAUUGAUGAUGCUACUUAUAAAUCAGUGUUUGAACCAGUAAUAUCGAAAAUCAUUGAAUGGUAUCAACCUUCAGCCAUUGUUUUACAAUGUGGAGGUGAUUCCUUGAGUGGUGAUAGAUUAGGUUGUUUUAAUUUAUCAAUGAAUGGUCAUGCUAAUUGUAUCAAUUAUGUUAAAUCAUUUAAUAUUCCAAUGAUGGUAGUUGGUGGAGGUGGUUAUACUAUGAGAAAUGUGGCUCGUACUUGGGCGUAUGAACUGGGAUUAUUAAAUAAUGUCAAAUUACCCGAUGAAUUGCCUUAUAAUGAAUAUUAUGAAUAUUAUGGUCCUGAUUAUAAAUUGGAUGUUCGAUCUUCUAAUAUGUUUAAUCAGAAUUCUCCAGAAUUUUUAGAUAAAAUUUUGACUAAUAUUAUUGCCAAUUUGGAAAAUACAAAGCAUGCACCUUCAGUACAAAUGAAUGAAGUCCCUAAUGAUCCUGAAGAUUUGGGCGAUGUUGAAGAAGAUACCGCUAUGGCAAUUGACACAAAGGGAGGCUCCGAAAUGAGUCGAGAUGCUCAAAUACAACCAGAUAAUGAGUUUUAUGAAGAUGAUGAAAAAGAUAAGGGCGAGAAAGCUAUAAUUGAUAAUAAACAUGAAGAUCAAGACUCUAUGCAAGUUGAUAAAAGUGAAGAACCUGUGGUUGAACAAAAAGAUAAACCACAAGACGAGAAUAACGUUACCGGUGAUAAUAUAGAAGAAGAUCAACCGCAAGAAGUGAACCCAAUUGAAGAGCAACCUUCAGUGGAAAAACUGGUAGUGGUGGUGGAAGACAAACUAGAAGAAGUGAAACCUGUUGAACAGAAAGUAGAGGAACCAAAAGAAGUGGUUGAUAAACCAGAAGACAAACAUGAAGAUAAACCAGCAGAAACCCUUACAGAGACCACCACAGAACUGAAACCAGAGGAUCAACCAAUGGAAGAUGCUGCAAAGUUGACUGAAGAAGAAUUGAAAGAAAUUGAAGAACUAAAUAAAAGUUCAUAA